UCGCGUUGUAUUCUUUUUUCCUUCUAUCUAUCACACACCCACACUGUCGACCUUUAUAAUUGAGUCAACAAAACCUCCUGCUUCUUCCAAAAAUGUCUGAGGCUCGUCGUUCAGCCCCGGAUGGGUUAGCUUCUCACUCGCCAUGUGUGUUCGGUGUUUCACAACCGCCUUCGUUAUUUUACUGUGUACGGGACGACAGCUGGUUUCUUCACCCAGAGAAAAUAAAAGUACAGUUAUUUCUUUCGUACGACGAGGACAAACACGUGCUGUCUGAGACACACACACACAAAGAGUUAUGUAAAUUUAAAAUGGAUUUAUUUACAUUAUUUACACAUGCAAACCAAUUCCAUCCUACUCUACACAUAACUCCUUCUCGCCUAAUCCUUCUUCUAAUACUCGUGUUACUAAGUUAAUGAUAACAAAGAGAAGAGAAAAUAGGAUUUCGAGAUACGUGGGCCACUUGACCGCGGACGAGACUUUUACGUACAGCGAUAGGAGUUGGAGAGAGAGAGAAGGGACAGCAAACAAGUUGUAGCAUCACCCCACCAAGCAUUCUGCUCUGUAUCCGCUUAGCCACUUGAACACACGACAGUGUUGACCUGUGUUCGUUAUUGUGGUGAGACUGGACAAGCAACCCCCAGCCCCUACAGAGCCCAUCACCUUCUUCUGUCAGUGUGGGUCUCAGUCCGACUUGCAUUUCUGGACUACCUGAUCGCGUAUCUGUACUCCAGACAAUUUUCCACAGUCUACCAGCAUAUUGCUGUACACAGCUGUACCUCACUUGUCCUUUGUCACUGGCAAAUAUUUGGUUUUGAGAGGCAGGUUUUAAGUUCUGUGUCAAAGCUGCAAGGGAAUGUGGAACACAGGAACUUAUGUGAAAAUAGUGAUGGUCGGCGUUAUUGCUGUCUUGUCAAUACUGACUGGUCGAAUUAUUAUCACUUUGGGAGUGUUUUCCCAUUAUUAUCAACAUUACCCUGGGCCUUGCAGGAGAGUAGAGGGCAUACAACCAGGGUCAGAGAAUUUUCAGACUUUACCAAAUGGGCUUACAUUCAUCACCUCGGGGUUUCGCCUGCAGAAAAUGUCAUCUAGUGUCGACAAGCAUUUUCAGGAAAAAAAUGUGAAAGGUCGUAUUUAUUUGUUUGACUUCAACAAAAGUGAGAGUGGUGUAAAGGAACUGAGAAUUGCUUCCACAGCUACUUUCAAUGCAGACAAUUUUUAUCCCCAUGGUAUUAGUGUUUGGGAGGACAAAAAGUCAGGACGACACACAGUGUUUGCUGUUAAUCACCCUAAGAAGGAGCUGAUAGCAGACAGCAUUGAAAAGUUUGAGUAUGACCCAGAAAAGCAAGAACUGAUUCACCAACAGACAUAUCAAUCUCAAGAGGCAAUGAGGGUUGUUAAUGAUGUCCAAGCAACUGGUACAAACAGUUUUUAUUUCACUAAUUACCAGUACUUCCCUGGACACCCUGGAGAUUUAAUGGAAAUACUUUUCGAACUCACAUGGACGAAUGUUGUGUAUUUUGAUGGAGAAACUUACCGCGUUGUUGCUGGUGACAUGAAAUCUCCAAACGGCAUUGCCAUGUCUAAUGAUCACAAGUACAUUUACAUUGCACCAUGUUUAGGACAGGAGAUCCGUGUCUUCAAGAGAAAUACAGACAACUCUCUAGAACUACAGCAGGUGUUCCCACUGCACACCAUUCCUGACAAUGUUGCUGUGGACCCAGUAACUGGUGACCUGUAUACAGGGUGUCAUCCUCUUGGGUGGAAAAUUUUAUUGCACUUGGCGGAACCAGAGAAACUAUCACCAUCACAGGUGCUUCAUCUACACGUGAAAGAUGGAAAUAUUACCUCUGCUCAAGAACUUUUAUAUGAUGAUGGCAGCCUUAUUACAGCUUCCACUUCUGCUAUGGUCUAUAAUAGAAAACUUCUUGUAGGAUCAGUUUUCCACAAUCUCAUUAUCUGUGAUGUCCAUGUUCCUAUUUAGAAUCAGACUGAUUAUCACUGCUAUUGUGAAUUGAUCACAUGAAAAGGUGAAAACCUUUCAUAUUUCAUAUUCCAUUAAAUGCCUUUUGUUUUAUGUCGAUGAAAUGAGAAGUCUUUCUGCCUUCAUGUACGGAACCAUGCUCCAUCAUGUGAUAAACUUGAGAAAUAAGUGAUGUUUUAGAGCCUUUCUUUCUGUCGUGACACAUUUCGUGGGGUUGCUAUGCAUGGUACAUAUUUUAAUUUGUCAUCUUCAUCAAAAUAAUCAUGUAGCAGAUUUGUUAAGCUUUUUCUAUCUUCGACGUUAGCUUGAUAAAAGUGCAUUUACUUUUUUUAGAUUCCAAUCAAUUUGAUGCUUAACAUUUUUCAUUAAAUUCAAGAUGUCCUUACUUUGACACAUUUGUUUGACUGAUAGAUGUUUGCUUUAGUCUGCACAUGUCUAGUCUAGUCUAAGAACGUACAAGUAUAUUAAAAUGGUGUGUGUGAGAGAGAGGGAGGCAGUUAAGUGCUUUCUGGUGUUACAAAAACUAAAGCAUUUUAAUUGUUAGCUCGAAAUGUUAAAUUUUUUCUUAUUUUGAAUUAUCUCACAACAGACAGGGUGAAGAAGUAUGUAAAAGGGCAUUACUCCAGACUCUAGGGUUCGAGCAAAGUGUUUAUGUAACAUUUGGGGAUUCUGCUUGGUCUGUUAGUAAAUUACUUUUAUACUAUAUUUUAUCUGAUUCGUGGUGCGUAUAUUGAUGUUAAAAGGCUUUAUAAUAUUGCAUAUUAUUUGAUUUUUUUCAUUUCAUUUGUUUCUUUUGCUGUACAAGUUUUAAUAUUUUGAGAGUCUACUUUUUUUUUUUUUACCUCUGCUCAUAUUAUGUUAGAUUCUACAAAUAAAACUAGCAAACAGCACACGUACAUUUUGACAUCAGCUAUUUGGUGCACUAGUCGGAGUGUUUUUUUUUUUAUUAAAACAUAACAAUAACAAUAACAACCGACUUUAUUAAUCCCAACGGGCAAUUAAGAUGGGAACUGUGCCCUGUUUCCAAAAUAUAUGUAUAUGAGAAAAAAAAAAAACAACAAAAAAAAAAACAACAAAAAACAACAAAAAAACCACACACCCACACACAUGCACACCUACCCAUCACACACACACACCGCUGAUAGUUCAUCUGUGAUUGAGUAGCUGCCAUAUACAUACACAAGAGUUAGAAAUUGUGGCAUUCAGAAGAAUGGUUUUACUUACUAAUUUGUUACCUGUGCUUUCGAAACAAAUUAUUUUGAUGAAGAUGAUAUUUUUAAAGGUUAUCUGGUCCAUACCAGCGCCAUAUAAGCACCAUAAUUACAAGCAACCUUAGAUAGCUUGUGGUAGGCUGUACAAGCUUCAUUUGCACGUUUAUUAAAGUAACAUA